AUGGCGGAAAAUCUAGCGUGCCGCUCCUGUGCCACCAAAAAGCCUGCUCGCCUCUCUUCGAAAUUUGGUUCGACGACGGCAUCACCGAAGACUGUGUCAACACCCGAGAGCGACAAGGAUCAUGGCUUGGAUACGGGCAGCAGCGGCAGAAGCAGUGAAAAGACCCUUAGUAGCCGAGCCUUGCUUCAAGAGGUCUUGAAAAUGGCAGAGAAUGAGGAUGAAGCGGAACUUAUGAUCCUUGAGUUGAUGCUGUUGAGACGAAAUAAUCUCGAGGCAUUGCGCCGUAGGGAAUGGAUCGGGGCACCAAACUCGGCACCAAAUUCGGCUAUUAUGUAA